GUGUUAAAAAAAAGAUACAGUUGGGGGCAAACAGAGAGGUAAAUUAUAAACUUACCCGCCGCCGCCUCUCCCCCCUCACCCGCGCGCCUGAGACGGUGGCCACCGUGAUACGUUCUAGGGUUCAGCUCACCGGCGAUGUCGACGCCGUUACCGGGGCGGACGCUCGUCGACCUCAACGGCGACGCGCUGGCCCACUGCGCGCGCCACCUCGGCGCCCGCGACGUCGCCAGCCUCGCCAUGGCCUGCCGCCCGUUGCGCGCCGCCGCCUACUGCGACGCCGUAUGGUAUCACCUCUACAGGGGGCAAUGGCCGUUUCAACAAGUGUCUCGUGAAGCUUUGGGGAUUAGAGAACUAUACAUUCGGAGGCACACUGAAGUGCAUCAAAUGAAAUUUGAUGAUCCCUUAUCAUCUAUUUAUUAUCUAGAUCCCACGGAGCUGACACCAAGCCAUCUAAUGCUUGAUAGGAAUGGUGUUUGGUUCUCUCAAGGGCCAGUAGUCAAAAGAUUGAGGCUUGGCCUGGACAUGGAAUUAGUGGAAACCUACAGGACCCAUAGCGCGAGGAUCACUUGUAUGAGAUUAUUCCCGCUAAUCGACACCCCGUUGCAUCGAAGUGAUGCACAUAGAAAUGAAAAGGCAUUAGUCACUUCAAGCACGGAUAGAACAGUCCGUCUUUGCUGGAAGGGCCAAUCACGCUGUUACAAGGGCCAUUCAGGACCUGUUACUGCUCUGGCUGACAAAUUGCUUGAUGACGGUGAAUGUAAAAUACUCGCAACUGGUGGUGAAGACUGCACCAUUCGCCUUUGGUCUAUGAAUACAAGAGCAAAGAAACACCCUCUAAUAUCAACUUUGCAUGGGCAUGAAAAAACACUGUCACAUUUGUCUGUUGCUUGGCAUAAAUCCUCCCUGCUGGUCAGCAGUUCCAAAGAUACAAAGGUGAAAGUGUGGGACACAAUGGCACCUCCUUCCAGUGUCUCAUCAUCUUGUGUUGGGGGUGCUCAUCUUAACUCAAGUGGUCCACCGAUUGCAAUCAAAUGCUACGAAUCCCUUUGUUACAUUGCUGCUGGAUCCGAAGUGACAGCAAUUGAUUUGAGGACGAUGAAGAAGGCUUCUGUUCUUGAACUUCGUAACCAAAGAAUACUUUCUUGUGAGAUGCUGCCCUCUGAAUGGCUAAUAUGCACGGGCAUAAAAGACAAGGCUCUUCUGUGGGAUAUUCGUAAGUCUCAAGAACUCAAGCACACAGUCGCAGAACUGCAUUCAGAUGGUCCUGUGACGUUGCUUCACUUGGAUCCAUACAAGGUAGUGAUGGGCGCACCAUGGGAUGGUCAGGUCCAUGUCUGGGAAACCCGGACGGGCCACUUGGUGAACAGAUUGAGUUGCGACGAGCCUGUUAAAUCAGGAGGGAGAAGCACAGUGUCAGCCAUGGCCGUGGACGGGUGUAGGAUUGUCACCGCAGGGAGUAGUUCUACCAGAGGCAGCCUGUUACACUACCAGGACUUUCUGAGAUCCUCAGUUCCUGUAGCUUUACCUGGCAAGGAGGUUUCCAAGUUCUGGGGAUCUCAAGAAUAUGAUGAUGAAAACUAGCGUAAAUUAUUAACAAAGAGGUAGCAUUGCAUACAAGAUGAGAUUUUGAGAGCUCAGCCCUUAUGCUAAGCUGGUGCACAUCUGUCUCUUAGCCUCUCCAUGCUAAUGUUUAUUGAAAAUAAGGGAGCGUCUUUGCAAAUGGGCCUGUAUCAUGCAUGCAGGAAGGAUACUGCCUUGGCAAUUUGCUUGUAAGGCAUCAUCUGUAGCUACAUACAUACUGUUUUUUCUCAAGAAAGCUACAUACAUCAACAUGAGCCUUUGUAUAACUAGUGAUGACAGGAUAGUCAUGUUGUUCUCUUCACCAUAGAAUUACAGUGGAUUAGGUUGAGUUUCUCAAAAAUUGAGGCCUGUUCCCUGCAGUAUUCCUCUGAAGGGCAGUUAUAGUGCUACUGAACAUAUAUGCAGAAGUCCAGUAGCACAUGUGUUGACAAUCAUAUUACCAUUGUAAGAUAUUCUCAUAGAUCAUGAAUCAUAUCCCACGAGUAUAAGAUAUUACCUGUUAUGGACUUA